UCAGGAGAGAUGGUUGCCAUGGAUACCAACUGCUACGAAAAGCUAGCUUAGCGAGGCUAACGCUGCUCGAGCUUUCCGCGUAUUUUUAUGCUUUUAUAGAUAAAACUGAUGCACGAGUCCCACAGCACCGAGUUGGAACCUCACUGUGGUGCAGAGAUCAGAGAGGUGAAAACGCAUGGGGAGUUGUCUUUUCUGGGAAAUGACGCCAACAAAAGCUCAGCUACAGAUCUGCAGGCUCCGCCCCACCAGGAAAUUGAAAAACCUCUGAUAGGUCUACAACAAUCAGAGCUGACAGCAUCUGAGCAUCAAAGGUCAUCAGCUGCUGAAAUGAGUGAUGCUGCUGAGGAGACACCAGCACAGAGACUGGACUACACAGCGUGGCUUCAGUUCGAUGAGCGCGGCAUGGUUCUUCCACACAGCAUCCUGGGGAGCCUGGAGGAUUUUAGAAGUCAUCUGGAGACCAAAGGAGAGAAAAAUUUGGUGAGGCGAAUACCAACGUCUCCCAGAGAUCCAGAAGGUGUUUGCUGCAGAGAUGCAUCUUCCCCUGUAGAGAAGAAGCUUCAGGUGGACAUCCGGAGGAAUGCCCUGCAGCACUGGGACAAACACCUCAGAUACAGGAGGAAGCAGCAGGAUGAGUUAUCCAGCUUACUCAACAGGCCGGUGGAACACUUACUGAUGAAUCAGGGCAGCCGCUUCAGAGAAAAGCAGGAGCAGAAGGAGGUUCUGAGCCGAGUCAUGCCGCUCACCCACUCUGGAUAUGGUUACCGUGUGGGCAGCGAGUUUUGGAGUCUCCCGCAACGUUACGGAGAUGAAGUGAGCGGAAUCACAGCGACUCUGACUCAGAGCGAGCGGGGCCAAAGGAAACCUAUCACACAUGUGGGGCAGCCCAGCAGCAUCCAGAAAGAAAUGGGAGUUAUUUCUGCUGAGACUCACACGUGGAGCCGAAGUUCUUACCUUCAGGAGCAGUGCCAGGAACUCAGAGAUGCUUUGCAGGAAGUGGACGUGGAAAAGCCAGACUUCAGCAAACUGGAGGUGAUCGGAUCUGGAAAGCCUCAAACCUCCACCACCAGGAGUCCCAUACGGGAGAGGGAGGAAAAAGAGAGGGAACACACUGAGAUUAUGAUGGAAGACUACGACCUACUGGCAGAGUUGGAUGAAGGUCAGCUCAAAGCUCCGCCCAUUCCAGCUUUGAGACUCUGUGGUCAGAGGGCAAGUUGGACUGGAAACUUAGUUUUUAACAAGGGAGAAGUCGGAAUCACUCCCACGAUUUUCUUUGAGAGCCCGACCGGAGAAACCGCCUCGUCCUUCCUGGACCUGCACAACGACGGCAGCUCGGCCAUCUUUUACAGCUGGCAGAAGCUUCCAGCACCCCAGAGCUUCCCACACCUGCAUUCACAAAAACAGAGCGUGUGCUUCUACUUCAAUUUUUCCUCCGCCGUGAUCCAUCCUGGUGGCACCCAGAAGGUCGAGUUUUUAUUUAAGUCAGACGAUCCAGGUUUCAGAACUGAACUUUGGCAGCUUAACACACAUCCUGUGUUGUUACAAGGAGCCUCCAUUCAGCUCAGGUUGAGUGGAAUGGCUUUAAAGCAGAACAAAACCUCAGAUCUGUGGCUUUUCAUAGAGAACAAGUUGGAAAAGACAGUUGCGGUGAAAAUGUGCCGAUCGAUUGUUUAUGGGGUGCUGCAGAACGUCUACACCGCUGAGAGACCCGGCCCGCCUGCAGAGCUUUACACCACAGAGGAGCAGCAGUUCCACAAUAGAAACCCAAAGUUACAGUACUCAUAUGAGCUCAUAGAAGAACUAAAGAAACUUUGGCAAAAAGUAAAACCAGGAGACGUCUGGGACUUUUCUGUCGACACGCUCAGACAGGCUGUGCUGUCUCUGCCCAAUGAGGAGCCGUCUUCAGGCUCCCUAGGGAAAGAGGAGAGCCUGGCUCAGCUCAGCGCUCUGUUUCUGCAGCUUUCAGAGCUGACACAUGUGAAACACCACCCAAAAGCAACCUUAAUAGGGCAGCAGCUGUGGAGGAAACUGCUGGACACGAUGUCUGGUGAGGCCAUGAGGCUCAGAGAUGUGUUCAGUCUUCCAGAAAAUGUUGAUGACAGUUCUGAGAGAAAGAGAGGAGCUUGGAAAGAAGGCAGAACUGGGAUGAGACCCAAAUCCAUAGAUUGCAGAUCUCCACCACCUGACAGUCAUUUGGAGGAGCGCACAAAGAGAGGUAGAGGAAAGGAUCAUGCAACGAAGAGUAACAGAGGAAAACAUUUGGAGAGAACCGGCACUAAAAGCAUCCUCGAAGCUAAUGGGCAUGUAGAUGCAGAGAUGAUGAGCAUUUACACAACAACUCUGCACAAAAAGGUUUAUGCUCUGAUGGAAGACCUGGUGGAGGACCUGUUUGACCUGAUGGAGGACAUAAAUGUGGAAGAUGGACCGAAUUAUCAACACACUGAUUAUAUUUUAUUGCAAGAUCAAUAAACGUGUAUUUAACG